AUGGCAUCUUUCCUUGUUGUUAGAGAUCUCCUUGAGAGGGGUAGCAAAGUCACUGAUGAGACGGAUCUGUCCAUCAUAUCAAUAACCUGGGGCUUUACACUUGGAUUCGGUUUCUUGACAACAUGGACUGCCAUCAAGCAGACAAGACAUAUGUGGAAAAGACGAAAUGGCCAUCUUAACCAUCCGUACAUCUGGAUGGUCUGGGCUGAGCUGGUGUCAAGUCUUGCUCUGAGCAUUCUGUGUUGGCUUGUGUUGCAAGGGCCUCUGCCUCUCAAUGUCUACACUUUGUUCGCGAUUUUGAGCUGUUGGGUAGUCCAAGUCCAUUGUCUUUUCCAGAUCAUCAUCAACCGCGUUUCAAUCUUGAUGGUCAAUCGGAGGCGAGCAAAGCAGCUCAAGAUUGUUUGCGUCGUAGGCAUCUUAUGCCUGAACGCCACUGUCUUCUGCAUCUGGAUCCCUGCAAAGCUGGGGGUCAACAAGACGUACGAGAGAAUCAAUGUCGUCUGGGACCGUAUCGAAAAGGUCAUCAUUCUCAUUGUCGAUGCUGGGCUCAACUACUUCUUCAUCAUCGUGGUCCAAAAGCAACUCGUCAAGCCGGGUCUCACCAAGUACAAGCCGCUAGUCAAGUUCAAUCUUUACAUGAUUCUCAUCUCGCUAGCGAUGGAUUGCUUAAUCAUUGGCAUGUUGUCAUUGAAGAACCCUUUGGUAUAUUUGAUGUUCCAUCCUCUGGCAUACAUAGUCAAGCUCAAGAUUGAGCUUUCAAUGGCCGAGCUCAUCGCCGUCGUGGCUCGAAACCCGGAGAACGGUCCCGUUCGUUUCAACAACCCUUCGAGCUCGAAUGGCACAAUGAGCGGCAAGGGCUACACCUUCAAUACCCAGACCACUCAGAAACGGGCUUCUGUACAGAAAGCUCCCGGAGCUCCAGAAGAUGUCGAGCUCGGCAAUGUCAGACCAGAGACGAGAGACAUGGGUCACUUCGGCAUCGUCGAAGAGGAAGAGGACAGGCGAGACCAUGACUCCGAUGAUAUUGCGAAUGGCUUUGUGGUACACAGGCACAACGAGAUCACAGUCGAAGUCGAGAGCGCCUCUUCAGAGCGAUCUGAAAAGACCGAUGCUCAUGGGGAGAACUUUGACUCGAGGAGACAUACCUCGGACAGUGAUGAAGCCCCCUUGCGCAAACCGACAAACGUUAUGGGCCUCAACACAAAGGUUUGGGGUCGCUACUAG